AUGCUUUCUACCUUUUCUUCCACGAAAGCGUCCAGUAAUUCACACUGUUUCCUGGUUGGUAAAAAUGUGCUAGAUGAGAAAGUAGCGGAAAAUGUGUUUAAAGCUUCCAACCUGCACAGCGGCAAACAUGUGUUCUGUAAGGUGUUUCCUAUUAGUAGAUAUGUCCAGGCCCUGGCUGUGUACUUUCAUCUUCCUGUACAGCCCCACCUACACCAUCCAUCUGAAAUCAUCCUUGGACACUCUAUGGCUUACAUUUUCUUUGAACAUACGUUUGGUAAUAUGUACAGACAUGUUCAGUCCUCACAAGGCUUGUGUGAAGAUGAAGCUUUGAGGCUCUUUCAUCAGAUAGUCUCUGUUGUGGCACAUUGUCACAAUAAUGGUGUAGUCCUGCCUAGACUGAAGCUGAAGAAUUUUGCUUUUAAAAAUAAAGAACGAACUGAGUUGGCACUGUGCACCCUUAAAGGUGCAUAUAUUAUAGAAAAGGAUGAUUUCAUAUCAGGCAAGCACAGCUGUCCGCUCUAUAUCAGUCCAGAGAGCCUACAGCCAGGGAGCUCAUUCUCAGGAAAAGCAUCAAAUGUAUGGAUUCUUGGAGUUAUAUUGUACACUAUUCUGGUUGGAAGUCAUCCUUUCACACACACAAACCUCAAUGGACUGUACAGAAGGAUCCAGAAGUGCAAAUUCUUUCUUCCAGAGCUUCUCUCACCUAAAGCCAAGUGUCUCAUAUGUAGCAUCCUUAGAAAAAACCCUACGGAGCGACUAACAGCAGAGGAAAUCUUGUCCCAUCCUUGGUUUUCCUCUACCAGUUACUCUCAAUAUAUGUGGAGGAAGAUGUUCUACGAAGAGGAAGAUCAAAAAGUUCCAUCUUUAUAG